AUGAAAGGAUAUUUCCCUGGGUGUGUCUAUGAAUCCAAAUGGGGAAAAGUGCGGAAGAUUCAGAAAUGGGACGUGUUUGUGGCCACUGCGCCCACAGUCUGUUCCAAAUGCAAAGAACUUCCAAAUGCAUUCCGUCGAAUCUUGAAACUUGGGAAACUCAAAUCGUUCCCGAGCGCCACCAGCGUGUCCAACAGUGCUGAACAAGUCCAUUUACCUGUACCCUUACAAGCGGCGGUGGAAGACCUGGUCACCGAGCGUUUGGAUCUGGGUGAGGAGGUGUCGAUGAGCUACGUCAAAAAUGUGUUGGAUCAAGGGAUUGCAGUGUGGAACCAAGUUGUUGAAUCGAUGACGCCCCAACUUCAGGAAACUUGUCUCGCCUUCCUGAAGCAAAAUGAUGAGGCGUUAGCCCGGCUAAACUGCGAGGAGAUGGAAGCCCAGGUUCGCAGCUACGUGCGGACACAAUCCCUAGAGAAGGGAUACCACCCAAGGCUCGUGGCAAACUUUGACCAGGUUUCCUUGAUGCGUUACCUCGAGUUCUUGGCAGAGGAAGUGCGCUGCCGUCGGGCCCAGCUGAAUCUGUCAUGGUCGGACAAGGCUUUAGUUCUGAUGGAUCAGGCCGGGGCCCAUAUGUCGAAGGCUUUUGAGACCGUACAGAAGAAGUGGAGCAUUGCCAACAACAUCGUGCCCAGGAGCUGGUCGGGGGCCAUCACGAUGUGGCCCCUGUACCCGGGGGGUUUGGGGCCUGUGGUGGGCCCAAUGACGGAUGGCAUAUGGUACUGCAGCAAAACGCAAUUGGCCCAGUGGCUCUUUGAUGGAGAUGAGGAGGCUGUGAAUGAAAGGUUGCAGCGUUGCCGUCGAUCUAUGGCUGAAGUGCUCGAGUUGCAAGAAAUCCCAGAGGUUGAGCAGGACACGGAUGAGUUGAAGCAUAUGCGAAUCCACAAGCUUGUUGGUGAGAUGUCAGUUUGGUGGGCCCUUGAAGACACCAAUGACCAGACCUUUUUUCACCUACCGAGAUGGAUGAGCACGGUGGUGGAGCUUCGUGUUUGCAAGUUUGUCACAGAACAUCAAAAGUGGCAAGAGGUGCUCGGCCAGCGCGCAUGGAUGGGAAGAGAUUUGACCCGAUCACAGCAGGAGAGGUACAACAUCUUCAAAGCUGAUCUUUCACAGAAAUUGGUUUUCAAUCAGAAAACAAAGAAGUUUGUGGGAGACGCAGCGACUUUGAGGAAAAAUGCGAAGCAAUGCAUUUCCUUGACCCUUCGUUUGAGCGACGACCCAUCAUUGCUACAGAUUGUGUCAGGGAAGGGUGAAGUCUUUCGUCUGGUGAUGCUGCAGAAGACUGCGGGUGACAGCCAGGACAAUCUUCCGGAUGUUCUCAACCAUCCUGCAGAGUUGGGAGACGUUCCAGAAAAAUGUCAUCGUGAGGAACAUAGAGAGCAAGAUGAAGAUGAAAAUGAAUCAUUGCAGAUGUCAGAAGCACAGAUUCGCGAGCUGGAUGAGGACAGGCAGAAGAUGGAGGCUGAAGAUGACGAGGGUGGGAGUGAUGGUGAAGAAAUUGAGCUGCUCGCCGAUUCCGACGAGGAUGUAGCAGAUUUCGGCCUACCUACCCACGUUGUGAAGGUCAAGAACUUUUGCAACAGAGCGGCAUGGAUUGAACUCGGAGACCUGACGGAGCUCCCCCGUCAUGUAACGGGCUGUUCUAUAGCCUAUCACUCCACUAGCCGGCAGUGGCAGGGCCACUACCGUGGCUCUCGAGAGCCCAUGAGCGCUAGCUGGGGCGGCGUGACUAAUCGCUCGGAAAAAGAAGCUAUCCUAAAAGCAAUCAAAGGAGUGCUUCGGGCCCAUGUUCAUGCCCAUCCAAAGGACAAGGUAUGGGGCAAACAGCUGGAGAAAGUAGAGGCAGCGGAGGCUAGUUUGUAA